AUGGAUAAAGAAAUAGAGAAGACCGGAUGUUCGUCUACACAAGAAUCGUCAUUAAGGCUCAAGUCUAGAAUCAACAAGACAUUCAAAAAUUAUGAUUAUUUAAAAUCUGAGACUGCGAGAUUACAGACGUUUAUCGACUGGCCAUUGGAAUGGUUAAAGCCUUCUGAACUAGCUGCUGCUGGCUUUUAUUAUAUGAGGACUAAAGAUCAUUGUGCGUGUAUAUUCUGUGCACAAAUAAUUGGGAUGUGGGAAAAGAAUGACAACCCAAGACAAGAACAUGAGAGACAUUCACCUCAUUGUCCUUUUAUAAGGGGACAAAAUGUCGGUAAUAUUGCUAUCAAUCCAAAAAACAAUAUUUGCUACACACAGGAUACAGAUAUUUGUGGAACCCAAGACUUAUGGCCGGAUCUUAUCCCGAAUGCGAACUUGACCACAGGUUUGAGUGACCACGUUCGUUGUUUCACUGUGGAAAUGGAUUACACAACUGGGAAACCAGUGAUAUACCUUGGAUUGAACAUGCUAGGUGGUAUCCAGAUUGUUACUACGUUAAAUAAACAAAAGGGCAAGAAUUCAUCGACAAAUGAUGAAUAUACCGAAAUGGCAAAUACAUCUAGAGAAGAAUCUGUGACCCCAAUCACGGCCACUCAAAUAGAUCCGACUAGUGGUGAGGAGUAUACAAGAAUAGGUGAAGUGAGAAUCGUGAAUUCUGCUGUACAUCAGACGCCAUCAAAUGAAAUAGAGAGACAAAAUAACUCACAACGGAUUGCUUGUGACAGAAAUGAAUUGGAAAAGGAGCUUGAUCGGAUACGCGACUCUACUACAUGUGUAGUGUGUAUGAUUAUUGAAUAUACCAUUGUUCCCUAUAAACCAUAA